ACAAAAGACCCAGACAGUGAGACAAACCUGUCAGGGAGCGCCGUUUCAGAAGGCAACAACGCAAGCACCAUCAUCAUCAUCAUCACCAGCCUACGGUGUAAACAAAGGACGCCUGUUUGAACUUGCAGCGCACCUUCGUCGUCUGUUUCACCACACAUGUACUGCCCCUGGUGCCCCACUGUAGAGGAAACCGUUGAACAUUGCGUUGUGCUUCACCACCACCAGUCGUACCCAUCGGGAUCAAGACUUGAUCUGCCUACCCUACAAGCGUUAGAGGGUAUUGACUCCUCCAAACGAACAGUACAGGAUGACGGAGCGUGUGGUGGUGCUGGUGGACAUGGACUGCUUCUAUGUGCAGGUGGAGGAGAGGGAGCAGCCACACCUGCGAGGCAAACCUGCAGCCGUGGUGCAGUACAACUCCUGGCGUGGUGGCGGGAUCAUUGCAGUGAAUUACGAGGCACGGGGGUUUGGCGUGAAGCGAGGCAUGCGUGGUGACCAGGCCAGGGAGAGGUGCCCCGACAUACAGUUGGUGCAGGUGCCCGUCAGUCGUGGCAAGGCAGACCUGAAUAAGUACAGAGAGGCAGGUAAGGAGGUCAUCAAUGUGCUUGUGGAAUUCAGUGACUGCGUUGAGAGGGCCAGCAUUGAUGAGGCCUACGUGGAUCUGACCAGUGUGGUGGACAGGCGGAUGGCAGAGGUGGAGGAGAGGGUGUCAGCCGCGGCCCUUCCCUCCACCUGGGUUGUGGGCUACAGUGGAGAGGAGGAGGUGGAAGGGGAAAAAGGUGACAGAGAAGCCAGCUUAAACAAAUGGGUUGCAGGACUCAACCAAGAGGAUAAACCAGAGUUAGAGGAGGAGGAGGAGGAGGAUGAGGAGAUGAGGAGAGGCAGGUCAGGGAGCAAGGCUGACCUCCGCCUGGCCCUUGCCGCAGCACACUGUGAGGAGAUGAGACGUGCUGUGUUCACUCGGACCAGCUUUAAGUGUUCUGCAGGAAUAGCACAUAAUAAGAUGCUGGCCAAGCUGUCCUGCGGCCUGCACAAACCUAACCAGCAGACCGUCUUGCCCCAGGGGAAGGUGCAGACCCUGUGGGACGGCCUGCCUUUAGGGAAAGUCCGAAACCUGGGAGGGAAGCUUGGGGACUCCCUGACAGAGACCCUGGGCUGUGUGACCAUGGGGGACCUCUCCAGGGUGUCACUUAGCAGGCUGGCAGUCCACUAUGACCAUAAGACUGCGCACUGGCUCCACAGUCUGGGCCGCGGCAUUGACACCGAGGCUGUCACGUCCCGUCAGCUGGCAAAGAGUAUUGGGUGUGGCAAGAAUUUCCAAGGCCGUGAGACUCUUGACACGCCAGACAAGGUUCGAAAAUGGACGAGAAGUUUGGCAGAUGAACUUUCAGAGCGACUGGAGGCAGACAAGGCAUCUAACAAACGCACAGCUCGGACUCUCACUGUGGGGGUACGUUUGGAUGGGGAUGACCGCUGGUGCUCCUUUACGCGUUCCUGCCGCUUGCCCUCCUAUGACGCUGAAAGGAUUUGCCGUGUGUCUCUUGCCCUUUUCCACCACACCAACAUUGCUGCCACGCCUGAUGUCUGGUCCCCAUCUAUCAAGCACAUCAGUCUGUCCGCUGGCAAAUUUCAGGACCUGGCUGGCUCUGGCUCGGCAAACAUUCAGGAGAUGUUUAGAAAAGCUGAGAGGAAGGCUUCUGCUACCACACCCAUCCCUGCUACUGCCCCAAAUGCCCCUGCAAAGCUCUCAAAUGUGUCUGCAAGGUCCCCAAGUAUUCUGUCUUUAUUCUCCAACAUUCCUGCAACCUCAAAAAUCCCUGCAACGCCCUCAAAUUUCCCUGCAACUUUGCCAAACAUCCCUGCAACUUCGCCAUCUUCCUCCUCCACCUUUCUCUCCCCCCAGACCCCCUCCACAUCAUUUUUCCUCCCAAAACUUUCCUCCAAUGCAUCUUUUUCUUCUCCCAAAUCUUCCUCCUCCAGAUUUUUUCCUUCCAAAACCUCCUCCAACUCUACCUCUCCUCCAUCACCCUCCUCUUCUUCCUCCUCCUCCUCUUCUUCCUCUCCUUCAUCACCGAACAACAAUACUCAAGAGGAAGGGGAAGAAGACUCUCUGUUGGACGAUUCAAACACUCAAGCAGUCAUGCCCAGCCAAUCACAGGCCUUGGAAGAGACACCUAGCCAAUCGGCAGCCUCUAUUCAUCCCCAGGCUGAGGAACUCACCAAAAGGAUGGCGGCAAAGGUCAAGCAAGGUCGUGUGUCAUUCCCAAGCCAGGGCAGCUGCAAGGAAAGGUCAACAGAGGUGAAAAAACAUCCAACGAACUCAUUUUUCAAGAAUUUUUUAUUGAAUAAGUUAAAAAAAGACAAUGGUGGUGAUGGUGGUGGUACUAAUAGUUGUGAUAGUGGCCUAGAAUCCCACAGGAGUGAUGAGAAGCCUGAAAGUGAUAGGAUAGUGAUGGGUAAUACAGGGGUGAUGGAAACUGCAAGUGAUAAUGAAAAAGAGGAAGAGAGAGAGAAUGUGAACUACUCAGAUGAUGAAGAGAAAGAAAGAACAAGCAAAAAUAGUGAAGGUGAGGAGGUAAUGAAUAACUUGGACAGUGAAAGUGAAAGGAGAAAGGACAGGAGUGGAAAAAGUGAAUUUGAAGGUGAAGGGAAGAACAAAAGUAAUGAUAGUGAAGAUAGUGAGGGAAGGGAAGAUGUGAGUGAUUUAGACAUCUUAGUAAGUCUGUUAGAUAGUGAUGAAGAAAAUGGGAAAGAAAUUGGAAGAAAGGAGGAAGAAGGAAGAGAAAGAGAAGCAGAUGAAAAUGACACAAAGGGAACAUUUGGUGAAGAGAGAAGAGAAGGAAUAGAUGAAUAUGACUUGAAGGGAAAAUUUGAUGAAGGAAGGAGAGGAGAAAAAGAUGAACAUAUGAAGGGAAGAUUGCAUGAAGGAAGAAGUGAAAGGAAUAAACGAGAGGACAUAGAGAAAACACAUGACAAAGAAACAGAGGAAGAAGAUGGAAAUAACAAAGAAAAAAGAAAAACAGAGAAACUUGAGGACAUAGAGAGAAAACCAGAUAAGGAGAAACAGGGAAGACUUGACAUGGAAACAAAGGAAGGAGAUAAUGAAGAAAACACAAGGAGAACAGAGGAGGAGGAGGAGGAGGAGGAAAACAAUGCAGUAUAUGAGGACAAGGAAAAAUCACUCAGCCCAGAAUUAUUCAGCUCUUGGGAAGUGGAAAAAUGCAAGGAAAAAAUAAGAAACAGAUCAAGAAGAAGAAGAAGAAGACUCACAUUUAUAAAGAGUGCCACAGAGACCAGUGACCAACAAACUGAGAGUGCCAGGGAGGUUGUGCAGGGGAGUGCCAAGCCGGACAUCAAUCUAGAAGCGCACACAAGUGGCAAUGGGUAUUCUGGCCGUGGGAACAGUGCCACAGACAAGACGGCUGGUUUACAACUUAAUAGAAGGGAUGGUGGAGUGACAGAGAGUGCCAUAAGUCAUGUAGAAGCUGAUACAGGUGCCAGUCAUACAAGGGAAGCUCAGAACAGUGCCACAAGUAAUUUACAAGCAAAUUUAAGUAGCAUAACAACUGCCACAAGUAAUUUACAAGCCAAAACAACCAUUACCACCACAGGAACCACCAAUCAGGACCCUCAGAACAGUGCCAGAGGAGAGAGAGACUCCACCACUGCAGAAACAAGACCAGGCACCUCAGAUGACAGUGCCAGGGAGAGUCAGGUCCUGGCACUGGAGCUGUUCCCUGACCUUGAUAAUGUUGAUACCUCACUUCUGCCACUGUUACCUGAGAAUUUAAGGGCCGAGGUGGAGGCACUGUUGGCGCGGCACUGCAAGAACACCACCCAGCACUGUACAGGUGACGCUACGCACUCGGCACUCCCAGAACCCCAAGAAACUAGAGGGAUCAUGAAAUAUAUAAGCCGUAGUCCAAAAAAACAUGCAGAAAAAGAUGGUGGCAGUGACUUAGUGCAGUGCAAAGAGUGCCAGAGGUUUGUGUCACCCUUUGAUUUGCCAGAACAUUUAGAUUUUCAUGUGGCACUCAAGCUGCAAAGUGACCUCAGGCAGUCUGGGGCUGGCAGUGAGGGUGCGGGUCGGGUCGUGACGGGCAGGGGCAAGAAACGAGGUCGUCCCAGUCGCCAGGAAGCCAUCGGGAAGAAAAUACAGAAAUUAGAUGCAUUUUUCACUAGAUGAUAUAUAUAUAUAUAUAU